AUGGCAGUGGGCAAGGCUGGGUCAAAUCAUUCUACACCAUCUUCCCUCACGGAUACCAUAUCACUUUCUUCAAGUGACCGUGACCUUACAGAACUGGGUAUUCCCACAGGCAGAAAUAGAUCCAGCAAAGAAGACACUAACAGUUCUGCAACAAAGGCUUCCGUGUCAGAGGCAGCAAAGGAGAUGGUAGAAAAUGCCUUGCUUAAAAAGCCUGGAGGAGAGGAUAUUCUUGAAGAGUACAAGUCAGAAAAUUCACUAAUGCACCGCACUCGGAGACAGCUUGUCAACAUAUUGGCGAGUGAUAUUACUGAGAGACAUGGUAGGAUUCCUUCCCGUCAGCAGAAGGAGAAGUAUGCCCUGGGAAUUAUUACUCUGUUUCCCUCACUGAAGGAUCCUUUUUCUCCAAAGGGCUAUGAGCAUUUCUAUGAUGGGGAAAAGGGCACUGGAUAUUUAGCGUGGCGCCUCAAAACCAUUUCCAGGACUUCAGGAAAACGGCCAGUCAAGGAAGCCUCAGUGCAUCAAGCACAAGGACCAAAGCGCCAAAGAUCAGCAACCACACUGCCUCAGCAGCUUGAUGGAGAUGCCUGCAGGGAGGCCAUUUCAUUUCUUGUUCACUCGUCUGAUGAAGCAAGUGUAUUUCAGAAGAUGAAGAUGACGUUUCAGCACCGUCAGGACCUAGUGCAUGACCCACAAAGAAGCACAGAUGUCUUCAAAACAUUUCCACGCUUUUUAGAUGUCAAAGGACUGUUGAAUCAAGACUUCCUGCUGCUGUUUGGUGCUGAAACAGCCUCCAAGAUGCUUGAGAAGUGGGACACCUCAUUUAAGCCCAAGGUCAUCAAAGAGGCCAAAAACCUGACUCAGACAUCUGAGCUGUGCCGACUUCUAAAAGCUGCUGAGAAACUCGCAGAGAACAAUGAAACGGACUGGGACAGUGACAUCGCUUCUAUGCUGCUGCUUCUCUAUCUCUUGCCACCCACAGCUGGACGAAAGAGGACCAAAAUAAGUCCAAGUGAUGCAGUGGACAAAAUGGUGCACUUUCAUAAGUCAUGCUGCAGCAUCAAUGAAUAUGUGCAGGAAAGAGAGGGUAAACAACCAUACAUCCUUGCAGUUGGCCGAACCCAAAAGACAAUUGAUACCUUCUACAUCGCCAUUGACAAACAGCUCAUCUUCUGCCAAGCCACCAGCUCAUUGGGUGCUUUUGAUGAACUGUUUAAAUCCCACUAUGUGUUCAACUUGUCUUAUGAUGAGUCCCUGGUCCAUUUCUACACUUUUUUGCAGACAACUGUCUACAACAUUGAUGUAACCACAACAGAUGAGUCUCCAAGAGUUCGUGAGUUGCGGGCAAAACUUUUGAAUGACAUAUGAAUAUGUUCAAAUGUUUCAUUUGUCAAGCAGUGCAUGCUACUGUACCAGGGCCUAAUAACUCGUUUGCGGAUCGGCCACAGUUUCUAUCCAGGCACCAAGUUUAAAUUAGUUUGUGCACAAGACCAUUGUAGGCGUCAGUUUUUAACAUUUUUAGGUUUAAAAAAAACAUUUAGUUAGUGUGCAUAAUAAGGGUUAUUGCCAACAGUGUGAUUUACUUCAUAGUAAACAAGCUUUUGGUUGACCAUUUCAGUCAGCACUUUUAUGCCUACGUGUUUGAAAAAGAUGUGAUAAGCAGACUAUCUUUAAAUUUACAAGCCUUUUGACUAACAAAGUGCUUGUGGAGAUGAUAGCCUUUCUAUUGUACCAUCUCUGUAAAUGUGCAUAGAAUUCAAGUUGUAUGGUGCUUAGAUAUUUUUGUCUUUAUUAAAAAAAGUAGAAUUCUUCGUAUGUUUCUUUUUUCUUGUUUUUCAUUUUCAGAUCAUUGAAUAUAACACAACAGUCAUGAAUACACUUUAAAGUGUUAAUAACACAGAAUGAUUUAAAUUAACACUUUAAGAGUAAGGGAGUAACACGAUAUAGAGUUAAAAAUACACUUUAGAGUGUCAUAAAAUAACACUGUGAAUGUUAGGAAUUAACACCCCCAGUAAAAAGAAAUAACACACGUUUAGUGUAA